AUGAUAAGCGCAUUUCGAUUUAACUAUGAACAUUUGCCAAAAGAGGUGCGGAUGAAUACCUUUGAUGCAGAAAGAAGUUUAAUUUAUAAUUAGAUUAUUCGAUUAUUAAAGGAUUUCGAAAUGAGGUAUUAUCAAGAUUUAAGGCUAGUUCCUCUAAGCAUUUGUUUCCAAUUAUGAACCUGCUUCAGAGAUUCAAAUAGAUUUACUACUUUUUGAACGAAGAAAGAUAAGAGCUUGCAGAAUUGCUACUGUCGAAGUUGGGAGGAUUGAAAUCUAGUGUAGGACUUUUGAAUGGAUUUAGCCUUGUUUGCACAGUCAUUCAAAAUAAGCAAAAAUAUCUAUCCCUAAAAAUUGAUUGGAGAUAUUGGCAUUAAUACCUAUAAGAUAAGUUUAUGACUAAUAAAGAUAAGACAAUCACAAAUUAAACAUUCAGCACUCAAUUGUUCAUUCAAUUUUGUCAGUUCCUUAGAACAGUAAAAUAUUACUUUGAUGCUGAUGUGAUUUAAUUUGCAUUUCAUAAAUUUCGCCAAUAUUUAGGUUAUUAAGAUAAAUAAGUGGCAUGGGCAUAUUUGAUGUUGUUUGUUCCUUUUAGAAAUGAUAUACCCCAAGACUCCUACAAUGAUCUGAUAAAAUAUUUGAUGGAUCCCUUGUUAAUUUUUGGAGAAAAAGAUAAUUGCAGAUUAAAAUUUAUAAUGAAUUAUUUAAGAGUCUAUCCAUAGUAAAUGAAUUUGAUGCCAUAAAUGAUGAGAUUUUUUCAUGGUUAUUGGCGUAAUGAUUUGGGUUAAGAUGAUAAAAGUAAAAAUAGUAUGUAUGUUAAGAUUAAAAGUUAAUUGCUAUGCUAUUACCCGAUGAAACUUUGGGAGCACCAAGUUUAUUCAAAAUAAUACCAUAGUUAUUAGUUGAGUAGAUUGGAAAUUCAAAAAGAGAAGGGUAUUAAGAAUAUAUGUUAACAAUUAAAAGAGUUUUUUCUUUGAUUGACUCAAUUACUUCUGUAUGCUCCUAAUAAACGAUGGAUGAUUAAAUAUUCAAAUUAUUAAAAUUAAUAGUUGACAAUUUCAUUCAAAAAUACAGAAGAGAUAAAUUAUUAUUAAGAAUUUAUGAUAUGCAAUAAAACAAAAACUACGAUGAAAACGUUUCUGAAUCCUUAAUGUAAGAUUUGAUUGAUUAAUUCAAUGAUGUUCAUAUUCAAGACUUUAUUGAAAGUGAUAAAUAUAUACUUGAGUUGCUAUUUAUUAAUCCAGAUCAAGGAUACUCUAGUUUUUAGAUAAAUUAUCCUAAUUAAAGAAAUUCCAAUAAAAUUCCUUCCACUAAAAUCAAUAUUGAUAAAUUACUACCAUUUUUGUUGGAUGAAUAAGCCAAACAGGAUUUUAUUGAAAUGGUUAUGGAUGUAUUAGACAAAAUGAUUUACAUGGAGGAUCAAGGAUAUUCAACUGCAAAAACUGUGUUAUAUUUAUCAUGUUUUGAACCAAAGCUAAUAGAUUUCUUUCUCAAUAAAAUGAAAUAAGCCAUCAAUGAUGUAACAGCUCUCUAAUUCAUCACAAUUAAGAGUAUACUUAUAUUUAUGGCUAUUCCGAUUUUAUAAGGAAAAUGGUAUUUAUAAUAGAAACUAUAAUUUAUAGUCAGUACUCUAUCUAUCAUCUUUAGGAAUUCAUGGAUUUGACAUAUAAAUUGUUUGAAGUUUAAGGAGUAGGUGAGAACAUGGAUUCAUUAGAAUUUUACUGCAAAAUAUUCAUGAAUGUUCCAAUUUACACUCCAGAAGAAUAUAUGGAAUUAUAUGGCGAACACAAUGAAUUGUGUCAAUACCUAAGUGAUUUUGUGUCAGAAUUAUUCAGGUUGAUCAUCAAAAACUUUAAUUUGAUUAAAUACAAAGAUGUCGAUUUUGGAUUUGUAUUGCCAAAUCUUAUCAACAUCUUUUGGCCAUAUAUAGCAAAUUCAUCACAACAAAUGCUGGAAAACAUAGUAGAUAAAAUCAAAUAGCAUUUAGAAAAUCUAGAAAUGCAAGAUUUAGGUGCCAUGGGUAAUUUGAUAGAUUGCAUAAUUUACAGAGAUCCCUCAUUAUUGGAGUAUAUAAUUGACAUUUGUAUGGAAAAGUUACUUAAAUAGAGAUAAUCUCCGCUUAAAGAUCACUACUUGAAUUUUAUUUUCCAAUUAUCAAAGUACUAGAAUUACAUUCUUCAAUAUGAACCCACUCCAGGUAACAAAUAAUCGAAACUCUUAUGGUUGACACUUCUUGAGAAAUCACUUACUUUUGCUGGUAAAGCCACCUAAAAACAUGAUAUGAAGAUUCAAGCCAUUGUAAUCAAUUAUUUAAUGGAUGAAGAGGAUGAGGUCUUCACUAAAGUUAGUGAUAUUAUACAUUCAGUAAUAAUAACAAAUCAAAUCAUUAAAUCCAAUAAUUUAUCCUGGUAAAAUGAAAGAUCUCAAUUUUUUAAAAAAGAUUUCGAUAAAAAAACCCUAUUUCAACCUUAGGAUCUAGUUGUUGAAUGGGUACUACCAACUCGAUAAGAUUGGGAAUAUAUUUUUGAUUGGAAUAGAAUGUUUAUGUUUGGAGUAAUUGAGUAAUUCGAAAAGACCUACAUGAAAGAAUACGAAUUUUAUGAGAUGCCACGUGACUUCCCUAAACUGGUUGAUUUGAUGAUCUUUAGGAAUCCUCCAAUGGAUCCAACUCUUAAACAAAUUUGCUAUAGAGUUUGGCUUCUUGUUUUUGGAUGUUUUACUGGAUCUUCUCUAUUUACACCUUUCUAACCAUAAGACGAAAUCGAAGGUAGCAAAGGACACAUGAAAUUAUAGUAGAUCCAAUAAGAUUAUUUAAAGAGAGUGUGUCCACCAGAGUAUUGGGACUUAAGGCAGAGACUAGGCACUUUUGCUAUCAAUUCUAUUUGCUAUGCUAUAAACACGGGAGUGGCUCACGACAAAGACAUUAAUGAUCUUUUAGUUACAAUAGCUUCAGAAUGUAUCAGUUCAUAAAUCUUGAAUUAAGAAUUGCAAAUAGCUCGAGAGUAUAUGGAAGGAUGCAGAUCAUUGAUGCAAUCAUCUUAAUGUAAAUUAUACUUCGAAAGUCGAAUUCAGUGUGUAAUUGAUAUCAACACAUAUCUCUAUCAAAGACAUGUUUUCAUGUUACACUUACAAGGUAUCCCUAUCUAAUACAAUUAAAUCUACAACUAUAUAAUUGUCCUCAAUUUGCUAAGUCAUUCUAAGUUCAGCAGUCCCCAAUAUUUAUUGCCUUACUCUGAAAGAACCACAUAAACUUUAACUAGAGGUGUGAGAAAUAACUUCUUUGAGUACUUGUUGGGGAUUUUAAACUAUAAUGACAAAGAUAGCAAAUUGAGUAAGAUCAAUUAAUUAAGUGAAAGAAGCAAAGAAUACAAAUAACUAAUUGAUUUAUUGUAAGGAUUUAAUUCUGCGGUUUAACAAAUUUCCUCAGAUAUUGAAAUAAGCAUGUCUAUUCAGAAAUAAUUGAAUUAAUUCAUCAGUGUAAUGGAAUACGUUGAUAAUCAAAAAUGCAAAUAUUUAAUUAUGGAAUCUUGCGUUCACCAUUUAGCCAUUUAAUAUGAUGAAAGUACUGUUGUCUAAUCUAAUGAUUAUAAUGAUAGAAUGGAAAUAAUCAAUAAUAGCAUAAGAGCUCUACAAAGUCAGUAUUUCUGGAAAUGCAAGAUCAUUCACAGUUUAUCCUUAUUGAAUAACAUUAACAUCAUCAAACAGGUUCCUGAAUUUUGCAUUAAGGCGUAUCAGGAUUUAUGCAUCAAUGACCAUGUUACAUUGAAUCAAUUGGGAAGAGCAGGAUUGUUCUACUUCCUUAGAUUGGCCAAAUAGAUGAUCUAUAAAAAAUAGUAAGUGAGCAGUUCCCCAUUUGAAAAAUAUCUCCCUUUUGCUUAAUUCGUGUAAUAUCGAUAUUUAACAUAAGAAUAAUUGUCAAUUAUAGAUAAAUCUUACUAAACUGUUCGAGAAUUAGACGACAUACUUAAAGCAUAGUACCCAAUUUAUAGAUCUAAAAUGCAUGAGAAGUAUAUGUUUACGAAAAAUGAUAUCACUAAGGUAACUAUAGUUAAUGACACUGUCACUCCAUUCAUAAAAGACUUAAGGUAACUCUUCACUAAUAAAUAAUAUAUGCGAGAGUUUAUGGAAAAGAUUUUGAUAGAUAAAGAUGUGGCUCCUGCUUCGGAAUUUGAUAUAACAGAUACUCCAUCUUAGGAAGUCUAAUUUAUGUCUGCAUAAGGAAUCGCUAGGUAUGUCUAAAUCUUUUUCACAUAUAUUUAUGGAAAGAAUAGGAAUAGACAAUCUCCAUUUUCUGCAACCUAAUCUAUCUUUAUGUCUGAAUUUUAUUUUAGAUUAUUUAAGAAAAUGUUUUAAGUCUGUGGAAUUGCUGCAUUUUAUUCAACCCGAGAGAUCAUAGAUGAGUACAUCGAAUAAUUUGAUUAGAGAGAAAAGCAAAGAUUGGUAUGUUGUUAUUUAACAGCACUUCAUAGAUCUUUAUUAAACGUAGGCUCUUACAUUUAGAACUCAUUUAUUACAAUCCUUCCAAACAUCACCUAAGAAAUAUUCUAUGAUUACCAUCUAGCAUUCUUUUACAUGUGCAGAGAAUAGGAUUGGCAAUGGAUUUCACCUGUCUAUUUGAAGAUGCUGCAAUGUUGUUAAACUCUUAUCCCUCUAGGAGGUUUCAAGGGUCUGAGGUACAUUUAAUUAUUGAAAAUUCUGAUUCAAUCGUAAGGUCCAAGAGUUAUAAACUUAUAAGAUCAAAUUCUCCAACAAUUUGCUUCGAUAAUUGUCACAUAUCCUCCAAGUGUGUAUGUUGAAGAAUACACUUGUACACUAGCAACUGCAUUAUUACAAACCAUAUUAAUACCUAUUCCCAUAGAUGCUCCUUAUUUAGAUGAGCAUCUAAUUGCAACUACUGCAAACUUUCAAAUCUGGUACAAUAGUGACAUAUAGAGCUUUUUCAAAAAUUUUAAUGAGUUUCUUUCUAAUCAUUCUAAUACAGAUAAGAUCAAGUUUUAUCAAGAAUUAUCAGCAAGAAUAUUAGAGUUCAUUGCAAUUAGUAAGUUUGAUAAUUAUUCUUGGAAGUUCAUCGUUGAAGCCAUGAAGAUCAUUUUCCAAAGUACUCAAACUGAGAUCGAUGCUCAAGAAAUUCUAAGGAAAUAUAUAGAAUGUGAUUAUGAUGAGAUAACUGAAUUAUUAGUUAUAGCAGAAUAAAUGACUAAAAAUGACAUUUGGAACAUUAGGAAAAGAGCUAACUUCUUUUUGAGAGAUUGGUUUUUUAAACUAAAAUUUGAAGGGUACUCAUUCUCCUAAAUACCAAAAUAAUUACUCACCAUGUUCCAAGAUAAUAAUCUUUAGUUAUAAUUCCAGGCUGUUUCCUCAUUAGCUGACUAUUUGAAGCUUUAUACUAAACAGGAAUUGGAAGAACUAUUCAAAAUUGCAUAAGAAAAUAGAGUCUAUAUAUUAAUGAGUAUGCUACUUUCCCGUCAAGAUAGGAAUUACAAUUGGACAGAUCAAGCCCUUACUGAGAUAUUCUAAGAAUUUAAAAAUAAAAGGUAUUAAUUGAUAUCAUUUAGAAUUCUUUAAGAAUUUGUCUCUGUGUAUUGGAAAAGUAGACAAGAUUGUCAAAAAGUAUUUAAGGAUGAAAUAAGCGAAGAAAAUGUAAGAAAAUUAUAAGAAAUUGCAAAUCCGCAUCCUUAUUAUGCCUGA